GGUGGAGCCCCGCAGCUCCUCAAUGACGCGGUUUCGAGCAGGAGCCCAAACCUCAAACUGGUGAGGGAGGAGGCCACAUCCCCGGACACUCGGAGGGAGGGGCCCGAACGGCCAGGGGACGCCCAGGAACCCAGUCUCCUCUUCUCACACCCGCAGCCUCUCCGCAGAGGGGCUGAGCCGGACCCCGCCAAACCCCCCAGCUGGGGAGCCAGGACCCUUGGGGUCACAGCAGAAUGAGCUCCACACAUGGGCUGGAUGUGGCCCCCAAACCCAGCGCCAAGUCCAUCUACGAACAGAGGAAGAAAUAUUCCACCGUGGUCAUGGCUGAUGUGUCCCAGUACGCAGUCAACCAUCUGGUGACGUUCUGCUUGGGCGAGGAUGAUGGGGUGCACACAGUGGAGGACGCCACCCGGAAACUGGCGGCCAUGGACGCCCAGGCCAGGGUCUGGGCCCAGGAGAUGCUGCUGCAGGUGUCCAGCGCGCACGUCAAACUGCUGGACGUGGACUCCAAGGAGGAGCUGGAGUCUUACGCCUUGAGCUCCAUCGUCCGUUGCGACACCAUCCUGCCCACGGGCCAGACCCGCUCCCUGCUGCUCCUCGUCUGCCAGGAGCCCGACCGGCUUCAGCCCGAUGUCCAUUUCUUCCAGUGCCUCAGCCUCGGGGCGGAGCUGAUCCGAGAGGACAUCACCGGAGCCCUGCAGGCUUACCGCUCCGGCAGCGGAGACCGGAGAGCGGCCGCCCUCAGGGCCACUGAGGAGGAGCUGAGCCGGCCGCCCGCGCCCCACAGCGCCGAGGCCUCCCCUCUGCACCGCCGGGCCUCCACCCGCGUGGUCCUCGCCCGCCAGCCCGCGGAGCCCGCGGAGCGCCCCCUGGAGGAGGAGGGUGAGAGAGCAGGUGGGGAGGGGGGAGCGACAGGAGGGCGGACCAAUAGGAGGGCGGCGGCUCAUCCUGACAGCCAAUCAACGGGGCCCUCGCGGCCGGCGGCGGACGCAGCCAGUGUGCAGGCCGAAAGGGACGUGGCCCUCCUCAACCACGUGUUCGACGACGUGGAGAGCUUCGUGGGCAAGCUGCAGAAGGCGGCCGAGGCCUCCCGGGUCCUGGAGCACCGCGAGCGGGGCCGGCGAGCCCGGCGGAGGACGGCCGGAGAGGGUCUUCUCACGCUGCGCUCCAAGCCCCCCUCUGUGGGCGAGUAUACAGACAUCCUGCAGAAGAUCAAGUACUCUUUCAGCUUACUGGCUCGGCUCCGAUCCAACAUCACCAACCCCUCCUCCCAGGAGCUGCUGCACUUCCUGUUCGGGCCCCUGCAAAUGAUGGUGGACACGUCGGGGGGUCCCAAAUUUGCGGAGGACAUCCGGCGGCCUCAGCUGACCGGGGAGGCGGUGACGCUGCUGCGGGAGACCCUAAACCCCCAGGAGAGUGCCCUCUGGGCCUCCCUUGGAGAUUUCUGGACCAAAUCCCGGCUGGAGCUGCCCGCGUCGGAGGCCGCCCUCUACACCCCUGUGUUCUACAGCGGCUGGCAGCCGCCAGCUACUGACCCCCAGGGCCAGCCCUGGGAAGAUCCGGUGGAGAAACAGCAUCAGCAUGAGCGGAGGCGCAGCCAGCAAUCGGCUCCUCAGAUCGCAGCCAACGGCCACACGGACUCCGACCCUCGGUCCGAGCAGCAGCCAGAGGGCAAGUGGGUCCGCUGCAACUAUGACUUCCAGGCCAGGAACAGCAGCGAACUCUCCGUGAGCCACCGUGACGUGCUGGAGGUGCUGGAUGAUUCCAGGAAGUGGUGGAAGGUCCGGGACCAGUGGGGCAAGGAGGGCUUCGUCCCCUACAACAUCCUGAGCCCCCACCCGGGCCCCCGCCCCCACAAUGGACUGCACGGCCAGAACCCCAGCCCGGGCAGGAGCGUGCCUCAGAUUGGGACGCCACCUCCUCCCCGGGCCCCUGCCCCAUCUCGGCCCCGGUGGGGCAGCAGCGACAAUAUCUAUCUGGAUCCCGCUGACAAGGAGAAGUUCUCCCAGCUGCUGAGCGUCAACGAGGAACUGGUGGAGCGGCUGGCCCACGGCCGUCCGGGGGGCGGCCCCCGCCCUCCGGCCUCCCCGCGGACGCCCGAGCCCCACCUCAGCCCUCGCUCGGGGGCGGCCGAGGUCCGCGUCUGGCUAGAGCACAAGGGCUUUGGGCCACAGACGGUGAGCGCCCUGGGCGUGCUGACGGGAGCCCAGCUCUUCUCCCUGCAGAAGGAGGAGUUCAAGGCCGUGAGUCCCGAGGAGGGGGCCCGACUCUACAGCCAGGUCACCGUGCAGCGGGCACUGCUGGAGGACUCUGAGAAGGUGUCAGAGCUCGAGGCUGCGAUGGAAAAGCAAAAGAAGAAGGUGGAGGGCCCAGGGCCUGUGGAUGGAGACAUCAUGUGAGCAUCACCACCCAUGGGCGGGCGGCGGGGGGGGGGUGCCUGGACUGCUCCUGGAGCUCUUAAACCGGCAGCCGCCCCUCCACAAAGAGAAAUGGACUCUUUGGCAUCAGCUCCUUCUCCCAUUGGGCUGAGCCACCCUGAGGCCCUCACCCCUUAACCACCACCCUCGGAGGUGUUGGAAUUGGACAGAGGGCUUGGAACGUUAUACUGCUGGGAAAGGAGGGGGUUGGGGCAGUUUGGGGUGGGGGAAGCCAAGACCGCUGCUGCCUCCCGGUGAUGAGGCUACACAUCCGGGCGCGAAUCUCGUCUGCGAGGGAGACCACCACCCCCACCCCUCGUCCAGGCACCGAUGCCGGCAGCAAAGUCAAGUCUUUAUUCUGAAUGUC